GAGAAGUUUUGUUCUGUCGCCUGGUCUUUGGGACAGCCUCUCACACAUCAUCUCAGCCGCACCAACUGGGAAACUAACUCACCUGCAAUCUCUCCGAAACCAAAUAACCACCCCCCCUCCCAACCAACCCCUCCCGACGUUUUUGACUACUGCCAUCUGACAUGGAGACCCAGCAAAGACACGGACGCCACUCACUUUGCCACACCUGCCGGAGGACGGAGAGCAGCAGAAUGAAGGUCAAGAAGAUGUCCUCGUCCAGUCGCGCGCUGCUCUUUGCACUGGCCCUGACGCUCUACGUGGUGGAGGUGGCCUCGGCGGAGACGCUGUGUGGGGGAGAGCUGGUGGAUGCGCUGCAGUUUGUCUGCGAAGACAGAGGCUUCUAUUUCAGUAGGCCAACCAGCAGGGGAAACAACCGGCGCCCCCAGAACCGCGGGAUCGUAGAGGAGUGUUGUUUCCGUAGCUGUGACCUCAACCUGCUGGAGCAGUACUGUGCCAAACCCGCCAAGUCCGAAAGGGACGUGUCGGCCACCUCUCUACAGGUCUUACCCGUGAUGCCCCCACUAAAACAGGAAGUCUCAAGGAAGCAGCAUGUGACCGUGAAGUAUUCCAAAUACGAGGUGUGGCAGAGGAAGGCGGCCCAGCGGCUCCGGAGGGGUGUCCCGGCCAUCCUGAGGGCCAAAAAGUAUCGGAGGCAGGCGGAGAAGAUCAAAGCCCAGGAGCAGGCGAUCUUCCACAGGCCUCUGAUCAGCCUGCCCAGCAAACUGCCUCCCGUCUUGCUCGCCACGGACAACUAUGUCAACCACAAAUGAGCCCGCUGCCAGCCCUUUGCACAGACAAGAGUUUGGAGGGAGAAAAAAAAGACUAGGGGAUUAUAGCUUUGUCUCUGACGUCAUUUCUGUGGCAGUUCUCUUUGACCUCCCCUGCCCUGUCCGAGCCCACCAAUCCCUCCCCCUGCUCUCAUCCACUACUUCUUGACCUCCUGGCCCUUUUUUCUAAUGCCCCCUUCAGCCCGACCCACCCAUCCUCCUCCGGCACACAAACAUGCCUUCACAUUCUUCCUGUCUGAACUCUUUCGCUCCCUCUCUCUUUCAGUCACUGACACAAAAGACACAAACACAAAUGAUGAACAAAAAGUUAACAAUUCGGCUGAAUGCAAUUCAGGUGGAUCCUUAAAGCAAAAAGAGAAAACGGGGAAGAGGAGAAAAGAAGAUGAAAGAGAUCUGUGGUUUGCAAGUGUCAAGAGGACACCCAGCGGAAUGUUUUUUUGUCCUUGUGGAAGACAACUGAAAGUGAAGAGCAGCUUGCAUGAAAGAAUCCAUUCCACAUCAUUUUUUCCUGAGGCAAAAAGAAAAUCUCUUAGUUUCUUUUUGUUAUUAGUUUGCACCUCUACCUAUAAAGGGACUUCCACACUGUAAGGAAUUAUUUUGUAAAAUUAGAUUCCUGUUCCAGCACCUUUUGAUCACAAACAAAAAGCAGAAAAGAGUCUGCAAAAUUGCACAUUGCCACGGAUUACGUCAAAGUAAAGAAAAAAAUGGCACUAUUUUUUUAUGAACAAUGAACGUGUAGCUUAAAAAAAUGUCAUGGUGCUAGCUUUGGGAAUGGACUCAAAGAAGAGGUUGAAAAAGCACGUUUUUUUUUUUUUUCUUUGAAUGAAUAUUAAAACUUUCCGUUUUAAGGAAAGUGUGACUUUUUUAAAAAAAAAAAAAGGAAAAUAAAGGAUCUGGGGGAGCUCCUGGCAGUGGCAGUGUCAAGGGGGAAGUGUCACUGAGAAAAGAAAUGGGCUGUGUUGGCAUCGAGGCUCACAGCGAGUGCUAGCGGCUGCUCAUCACUAGUUUGCCGGCGUAAGCGGCAAAGGGGGGACCUGAGACCCAGUCCCUGUUCCUCCUGUCCCUCUGAGGCUGCCAGACACAGGGAGCAGUGUGGGGACACAUAUGGGACACCGUGGACCGCCUGGAUUGGACAGUACUACAGUUCUGGGACAGGACUUCCUGUUUGCCAUGGCUUUGCAGACUGCUCUGACAGGAAGUAACAUGGCAUGGACAAAGAGCAAGUGGGAUAAUGAUGAUUAUAUUUUAUUUUGUCUUUAUUCUGUUUUUCUUUUCAUAUCAAUGUUUCAAUGGAAAAAAAAAGGAAAACCCCGUCAGUUUCUGGUACCGUGACAUUCCUGUUUUUCCAAGUUAGGCUUUUUUUUGUUUGUUUUUUUGUUUUGUUUCCAUGGUUAUUGUUAUGAUGUUAUUUUACAGUUCUAAAGAAAGGCACAAAAUUUCAAUUCAAAGGGAAAAAAACAGCAAUAAUGUCAACUAACAUUUUAUUUUUAUUGUAUAUCAGUAGUAUUCACAUGCUUUUGCCUGAAAACAAAUACUUGAAUAUAUAUAUAUACAUCUAUAUAUAUAUAUAUAUAUAUAUAUAAAUAUAGAUAUAUAAUUAGUUUCCAGGGACGUUGUGUUAUUUUCCUUUAGUCUGAGCUGUAUCUUGCGUAAUGAGCCGCCAAGCUUUUUUGUUUGUUUGUUGAAAUACAAAUAAGGGCACUGUAUAAAGGCAUUAUUUAUUUUGUUAUAAAAUAUAUUUGAAAAAUUGGUCCAAAUAAUAUACGUAGCACUGAUGCUCAACUGACGGUUUUAUUUUGUAUGAUCUCUGUUUUUUCCAAUUGGAGUUGUAAGGCUUUUUUUGUAGAUGCUUUGUACCAAAAAUAAUGUCUUUUUUUUUCCUCCUUUUUUUUCUCUUCUUUUUGCCAUAGUUACUUUUAAAUUAAUAUUUUAACAGCAGUAUAGCCUGGAUCGCUUUAGGCAUGUCAUGUCACACAGAAAUAGGCACAUACUCUGAAUACAUUGGUCUGCAUGGAUUUUCCAGAAAGCAUUUCAGGUGGUUUUUAUCUGUGGAAAAAAGGAAAAAAAAAAAAAAAAAAAAGAAAAAAAAAAAGCAUUGAUGAGUGACUUUUAUUAUUGGUAAAAACUAAAACAACAGCAACAAAAAAAAAAUAUCUUGUUCAACAUUGAUUGUACUCAGAAACCCACUAUGUUUCGAAGCCACUUUUAGUCUUGAUGGCUGAGGGGGGGAAAUGAUCAGUCCUUCAUUAAAUCAUGUCUUUGUUAUCGUGCAUGGUGUCCUAUUGGUCUUCUACGGAGCAUCUUGCCUAAUGUGCCAGUGCCACUGAUGUUUGUCGCGCGUUUUUGAAGUUUUUGGGGUCGCAAAGCGUCCUGGCCGGUCGUAGAUUCAGGGGGUUAAGCUUACGUUUGACUUGCGAACGAGCGAAGCCUGUGUGUCGAUGCCUUAACUGAAGGUAAUGAUGUUGCUGUGAUGCUAGUAGCCAUCAAAGGUCGCCUAAAGGUCAUUGUCUAUCAAGCAGAGAGCCUGUUGUCGUAUCACCUCACUGUUCUCAUCUGUCUACCUGUCUGUCUGUCUCUUAUGUCUGUCUUUCUCCUCUCUUGGUAGUAGACAAUGCUCCUGAUCUAUUCGCAUCAGUGCGUGUCUGUAUUUGCAUCAUGGCGAGGCAAAGAGGGGGAGAAGAGCAGCGUUGUUAGCCUGCCUUUUCUACCCCCCACCCCCACCCCCACCCCCCUCCCCAAACGAUCUUCCAAUCAUCCAUCCAUUAUGCAUUUGAUGAAGGGCUAUCACGCUGAACCAUUUCUGAAGCACUCAGGAAAAAAAAAAAAAAAGAAGAAGAAGAAGAAGAAGGAAAAGAAAAAAAAAGAAGCAAAACAAGAAAACAAUCUAUGCUCUCUGAGGGAGAAGUGGAGUAGUUGCCGAGUGUAAAAGUGAUAAUCUUGUUGUGGAAGGGCAGCUGAGGUUUUUUUUUUUUUUUUUUUUUUUUUAUCGUACCCAUACCUGGCCAUAAUGAUACAGCUAUUCUGUGACAAAACCACUGAAAAGCCCAUGUCAGAUACAAGGUAACUCUGUGCCACUUUACAGUUUCCUCCUCCUCCUCUAUGGUGUCAUGCAUCGCCCAUGAAAUGCAGACUUAAUGGUUAUUUCUUCCUGCUGUGGUGAAACAGUCAAAGCCAAUACUUUACAUCUUCUUUCUGUCUGAGAUCUCAAUUAUCAAGGCUCCGUCCUGUCUCUAAUUAUAUUCUACUUCAGUUGUGCAACAAAGCAGGCAGUGCAAUUAUUAUUAUUAUUAUAUUAUUAUUAUUAUUAUUGUUGAUAGUAAUAUUAUUAUUAUAUUUUCUAUUUUAUUCUAUAUUUUCCUGCUAGGACUGCAUUCAUUCACUAUUGUAAUGUUCAAACAGGCUACUCUAGUGUUCUUAUGAAUGGCCUGAAAGACAACCACUUCUUUUCGCUGAAUAUGAAGAGAUAUCUUGCCGAGCAAAUGGCAACUUUUUCUGUCAGUAGCUCACUCAGCCUGUGUGUAUUUUAUUGAUUUAACCUCUGCACGCUAGAACGUCCGAAAUGCACAAUUCAUGUACUUUCAUUUUUAAUAUCAAUAAAAAAACAUUUUAUCAAACAUA